AAGAAUAUGUCAGUUUCGUGGAAAUCACUUCUCAUGUCUUGUCUUCUCUUCACAGAGGAAUUUCACGAACUAGAUUCCCCCUUAGUCCCUCCAUUAAGCCUUUUUUUUAAUAAAUACAAAGCCUACUUAGAAGUCAGAACACCAAAAAAAAAAAAAAAACCCCUCACAAACACUGAUGGAUUUCGGACUCAACGCUAACUCUCUUGUCUUAACGUCCUUCGUCCUUGCCUUUGCAUUCAAUGGUUUCUUCAAAAGACUACUGAAAUGCUGCGGUCCAACCAUCGCUGAGAAGCAGCCACCUCCUCCUAGCCCUCCCGCCUUACCCUUCAUUGGUCACCUUCAUUUGAUCGGCAGAGUGUUGCCCGUCUCAUUACAGAGCCUGGCUCGUAGGUAUGGCCCGCUUAUGGCAAUCCGGCUCGGGGCUUCCACCUGUGUUGUUGCAUCCGACUCUUCCUCGGCCAAGGAGAUUUUCAAGACCCAGGAGCUCAAUUUCUGCUCGAGACCCGAGUUUGGAUCUGCCGAGUAUUUCAUUUACAGAGGGUCAAGGUUCAUCCUUGCGCAGUAUGGUGAUUACUGGAGGUUCAUGAAGAAGCUGUGCAUGACGAAGCUGCUUGCUGUUCCACAGCUCGAGAAAUUCGCGGAUAUCAGGGAGGAGGAGAAGAUCAAACUCGUUGAGUCUGUGGCCGAUUGUUGCAGAGACAGGAGGCCUUGUGAGUUGGGUGGCCGGUUCACGACCUACACAAACAAUAUCAUAUGUAGGAUGGCGAUGAGCACAAGGUGUUCAGGAAACGAUAAUGAGGCGGAGGAGAUCAAGGAGUUGAUCAAGACCUGUUUAGAAUUCGCUGGGAAGGUCAGUAUUGGGGACGUGUUGGGACCCUUGAAAGUGUUGGAUUUCUCCGGGAACGGGAAGAAGCUUGUGGCAGCCAUGAAGAAGUAUGAUCGGCUUGUGGAGAGGGUCAUAAAGGAGCAUGAAGCAAAGGUGAUGGAGGAAGCGAGCUCUGAUGCCGUGAGGACGAGGAAGGACAUCUUGCAUAUAUUGUUGGAGACUUACAAAGACCCCGCUGCCGAGGUGAAGCUCACGAGAAAUGACAUCAAAUCUUUCUUGCUGGAUAUUUUCAUGGCGGGGGCGGAUACAUCAUCGGCAGCCAUGCAGUGGGCAAUGGGAGAAUUGAUUAACCAUCCACAAGCACUCAAAAAGCUAAGAGAAGAGAUCGAUACUGUUGUUGGGAGUAAGAGGCUGGUAAAAGAAUCAGACGUUGAAAAUCUCCCGUACCUCCGAGCUGUCAUCAGAGAAACCCUGAGGCUGCACCCUUCAGCUCCUCUGAUCAUCAGGGAGUGCGGGGAAGACUGCCAAGUGAACGGGUACCUAGUCAAGUCCAAAACCCGUGUGCUCGUUAACGUAUACGCGAUCAUGAGAGAUCCCGAACUAUGGAAGGACCCAGAGAGAUUUAUGCCAGAGAGGUUUCUAGAGAGCUCUGAGGAGAAGAUAGGAGAGCAUCAGAUGGAGUUUAAAGGUCAGAAUUUCAGGUACCUUCCAUUUGGGAGUGGAAGGAGAGGAUGCGCAGGAGCAUCACUUGCAAUGUAUGUGAUGCAUUUGGCAGUGGGUGCAUUGGUUCAGCGCUUUGACUGGCAGAUUGUUGGUGGAGAGAAGGCUGAUCUGAGCCAAGGUCCUGGUUUUGCUGCUGAGAUGGCUCGACCACUCCUAUGCCACCCUACUGAUCGCUUCAACCCUCUCUAAGAGCUUUUGGCCACUGUUGGUGUCACCUCUUUGUUAUAAUAAUAAAGACUUUCCCAUGAUGUAUGGCUGUAACAAGGAAACAAUGAUUUGGUACCUCAAAAAAAAUUUCAUGCUUAAAUGAAAAAAUAUGUUUGGAAGG